AUGACCGUGGACAAGAUCGAUGUAACCGGCGACCCGAGGGUCGAGCGCCGCUCGGCAACCGUCAAUGGCAAGACAUAUGGCUACCUCUACAGCGAGCCCGAAUCGGGGGUUUAUCGGGCAACAAUCUUCCUCCUCCAUGGCUUCCCCGACCUAUCCAUGGGAUGGCGCUACCAAAUCCCCAUGUUGAUUUCCAUGGGUCUGCGAGUCGUCGCGCCAGAUUGUCUAGGAUACGGCCGAACAGACGCACCCGAAGAAAUAGAACUAUAUUCGCACAAAAGCUGCGCCAAUGACAUCAAAGAACUCGCAAUCCAACUAGACGCACCCGAGAUCAUCCUCGGCGGACAUGACUGGGGCGCCGCUCUCGCCUACCGCGUCGCGCUCUGGCACCCGGAGCUCGUAACGCACAUCUUCACAGUCUGCGUGCCAUACGCAGCGCCAACCCGGAAAUACCUCGCGCUAGAAGACAUGGUAGAGAACAUUGCGCCGCAUUUCGCGUACCAGUUGCAAUUUCGGAGCGGGAAUCUCGAAGAUGUCAUCUUCAGCAAGGAAGAUAUCGAAAAGUUCUUGUCGGCGCUGUAUGGCGGUCGCACGGAUGAUAGGGACGUGGCGUUUGAUGCCGAGUAUGGGGUUUUGUUGGAUCGGAUGGAGCUUGUUAGGCCGUCGCCUUUGUUGAGUGAGGUGGAACUGGAAUACUACGCGACUGAAUUCUCGAGGAAUGGGCUGAGAGGGCCAUUAAACUGGUACCGCACACGGGAGAUAAACUACGAAGAAGAGCUCGCCAUCCUGAACGCCCGCAUCACAGCCCCAUUACUAUUCAUCCAAGCGCUGAAGGACUCCGCACUGCCGCCACACCUAGGAAAAGGAAUGACGAGGACGGUGCCGCAUUUGACGUACAAGCAGGUGAACACGGGGCAUUGGGCGCUAUGGCAAGAGCCGGAGGAGGUGAAUGAGAUUAUUGCGUGGUGGUUGAAGGAGGUGGUGUUUAAGAGCUUGAGGAUGUCGAGGCUGUGA